AUGGUGAAAAUAUCUUGCGCUACAUUGAAGAGCUUGAAGAACGNGGCUACCUUGAGAUUUCGAUAUCCUAGACAACGGGUUAAACCCAUUCGUGUGGCCGUCAAAGUUAGGCACCCAGGCGUUGGUGAAUCUAUUAGAAGGGAUUUCAUAUUAAUUAACUUCUUUGCAAAAGUUUCGAAGGUCUUCCCGAAUUUGAAGUGGUUAAGACUGGAUGAAAGCAUACAGCAGUUUGCGGUCUUUAUGAUGUCUCAAGUUGAUCUUUCUAGGGAAGCAGCUAACUUAAGUCGGUUCAUAUACAACUUCCGCAGAUGGAAGGAUGUAUCAUUUCCCAGACCUCUAUAUCCUUUGGUGCAUCCAGCAGUUUUAGUGGAAACUUAUGAAGAUGGUGAAAAUAUCUUGCGCUACAUUGAAGAGCUUGAAGAACGUAUUAAAGAGCUCGACGGACGUGAGAGUGUCAGAAGUGCCCUUGCGCACAUUGGGACUCAUGCACUACUAAAGAUGAUGUUGGUGGACAAUUUCAUACAUGCAGACAUGCAUCCUGGGAACAUUCUUGUUAGAACACCGCAAGACAGAGCUUCAGGUAAAGGACUUUUCAAAUCGAGGCCUCAUGUGGUCUUCCUAGAUGUGGGUAUGACUGCUGAGCUAUCUAAUAAGGAUCGACUCCUUCUGCUGGAGUUCUUUAAGGCUGUGGCACUACGAGAUGGCCGCUCUGCCGCAGAAUGUACUCUUGGACUAUCUAAACAACAGAGCUGUCCGAACCCGGAGGAAUUCAUCAAGGAAGUGGAGGGAACUUUUGACUUUUGGAGAACACCUGAAGGGGGUGGCAUCCAUCCGGCGGAUUGCAUGCAACAAUUGCUUGAGCAAGUUAGACGUCAUCGGGUGAAUAUUGAUGGCAACAUUUGCACUGUGAUUGUGACUACUUUGGUGUUGGAGGGAUGGCAGCGAAAACUGGAUCCGGAAUACGAUGUGCUGCAGACAUUGCAAAAGUUGCUUUUCAAAGAAGACUGGGCGGAGUCUCUCUUUCACACAAUUGGAGGACUGAUGGCCCCUUAAAAAGGUCUCAUUUGCUUGCUUCUGCUCCCGACCCCAAUGUAGGGGAAACGAUUCCACAAUUUUGAUGGAGUAAUAUCUCGUAAAGGAAAGAUAAUAUACACAACAUCUGGUAUUAUAAGAGAAUAAGGAUGAAAUGCCUUUUUAAAAAAAAUUGAGAUUAGUUUAGCUCUAACCUUGAAUUCUUAUUAAAAAUUGUUUCUUAUUCUUGAUCACUGUGUGAGAUAAUAAAUAUCAAGAAUGUAUUGAUGAGAGGCUUUGGAUUGACGCCGUAUGUCUCAUGGUAGACUGAUGCAUCCAAUUCCGUGAUCAAACCCGUGGAAAUGUGAGGGAAAUUUUGUAAUCCAACUUUUACUUCCCCAAUGAUUGUGUAGUAAGUACUUUCGUAGCGAUCUGAAGAUUCUGCGACAAAUCUCAACUCUUCUUUUGAUUCUAUUUGCAAUGGUUAAUACCUUCUCUUACGGGUAAUGUUGUCUCUUAUGGAACUUAUAUUCAACUAGUUGAGGAGUAGUUUUAUGAACUGUUCAGCUAUGCAACGUGGGAUGGGGAAGAUCCUUCUGAUGUGUAAUGGGUAAUGCCUCCUCCUAUGGGUAAUAUUGUAUCCAUUGAGGACAUUAUAUUCAAUAUAAUUUGGUAUAUUGCUUGACUAGUUGAUGAGUAGUUUUAUGAACAUUCAACUGUGAAACAUGGGGAAGAUCCUUCUGAAGUGUUUUGACAUGGCCAUGAACCUGUGCUUGUCGUCUGAUCGUGGGUAAUGGUUAAUUUGUCACUGGAGAGGAUUGCAUAUUUUUCCAUUGAUUGGAUUGGGCAUGAAAUAACAGACUCGAGGUGCAACACAUGAUGUGUGGGCUUGGUGCACGUUACAGGUUCAAAUUCUGCCUCAAACUAAAGUCUUGUAUUCAACUUGAGAAGGAUAGAUAUGUGAGUUCAUUAUCCAUCGAGUUUUGAACCAUGAUUUGCUAACCCUACAGAAAAAGAUGUUAAACUCGAGGUCUGAACUUAUGAGGUACACAACAGAAGAGUGUGGGACUGUUUAGGGUAAACUAACUAUUUCUUCAGAGCGCUGAAACAUGAUUGAGUGCAGCGUAGAUGAAAA